GUCUCCAAUUAAUGAUUCAAUAGCGCGAUAUGACUUAAUGAUUUUUAACGUAUGAACGAAAAGUGGAAAGAUCCAACAAGCCGACGGAAAGAAACCAAAGAAAGCACAUGUACAUUUAAAUAAAUAGGUAUAUCAGAUUAGUCUAGACGUUUUACACGUGAUAAUUAUACGAAAAUGGCGAUGAGUCCGAGUACAAAGCAAAAAAUUGCAAUUGUUUUAGAUGUCAGCAAAACUAUAUUUCAUUGGGGAUUUAUUCCUGCUAUAUUAUUUUUAGGAUUUAGAAAAGGUGCUGACCCAGGCAUGCCUCAAUUAUCAAUUAUAAACUUAUUAUGGCAAUAAAAAAUAGCUACUUUGACAUUACUUUGUCUUAUAUUUCAUGAAGAUAUUUCCACAGCUUGACCAGCUAUAUUUAUUCAUUUCCAUUAAAUUCAAUGUAAAUUUAUUUCUAUAGUUAUAACUAAAAUUAUUAACAGGAGAAUGUCAUCUUUAUGUUGAGUUAAGCAAAAUAAAAAUUUUCUAGUAAAAAUUUGAA